GAUUCCUUUUCUAAUUAUCUAUCUAUCUCAAUAACAUCUUCUACAAUGGCCGUCAGUGAUUUUUUCGUCGGUGAAAUAGCGACAGAGCUCCUGAAGCAGCUCUUUAUGAUAUCAGCCAGAGCAUGGAGAUACAAAAGCAUGGCUGACAACCUCAUUAUCUUGAUCGAGAACAUUCAACCGACAAUCAGGGAGAUCCACUACAGUGGCGUUGAGCUUCCUGCUCACCAUCAAGCUCAAAUCCGUAUGCUCUUUGAGACUCUUGACAAGGGCAAGAACCUCACGGAAAAAGUCUUAAGCUGCAACCGCUGGAAUAUGUUUCAACAUGUAUACCUUUUAAAGAAGAUGGAGAAGCUAGAGAAGACACUCUCUAGUUUCCUUAAGGCUCCUAUUUUAACCAACAUCCUCGCUGAUGUUCAUCUUCUCAGGGCAAAUGCUGAUGAAUGUUCCCUUGACGUUGACAAUAACCUCGCUUGAAGUUCUCUCUUGUCUUUUUUUUUUUUUUCUCUCAUGUUUUUUUUUUUGCUUUUGAUAUCUCCUCUUAUUUGCCAAGUAGAAAACCAUCCAUGUGUUAUAUACAAUCAUUCUCUCUGUA